ACGUCAUUCUCAUUCUCAUUGGAUUUUGAUUUGAUGCAAGUUUACAACCCGAAAAACACCCACUUCAUCAUAACAAUAUAAAUUUUAACUAUAGAUUUACUAAAAUGCCUGAAUCCAGUGUAACAGUAUUUGAACGAGAUAACUUCAAUGCAGAGAAAUACGUCAAAGAGCUUGUUCAGGAUUGCGUGGGUGGGCCGGAAUUGCAGCAAACGAAAGCUAAAAUACAGAACCACAGCGAUACGGUUUCGUCAACGCUGAAAAAACAUGUCUACGAAAAUUACAUGCAGUUCAUCGAGACCGCUAAAGAAAUCUCCCAUCUGGAAUCGGAAAUGUACCAGCUAUCGCAUAUCCUGAUCGAACAGCGUAACUUGUUGUCCACCUUGAAGGAUGAAUGCAUGCUGGACGAUCAGAAGUACAUCACUGAAGAUCAGAGCAUCGAUCCAAACGUGAACGAGGAACAGCAAAACAAGAAAGCAAUUCAACUGAUAAAGGAGUCGCUUAUUGGUUAUAAGGGUAAUCUCGACGAUAAGGUGUUCAUCUAUGAGGGAAGUCUGAUAGAACUGGACCCCAAUGAUUACAGACCCAUUUGUCGUAUUCAUUUGUUUCUUUUUAAUGAGAUUUUAGUUUUAGCCAAAAUUAAACAUGACAAAAAGUUGGAGUUUUUAACCGAGUACGAUACGAAGAAGAUUGCGGUCAUUAACAUCAAAGACCUGGACGGGGUCAACAAAAAUGCAAUCAACGUGAUCACGAGUGAUGGGGCGCGCAUUUUCCAGUGUGUCAACUCGGCUACCAAACUGGAAUGGAUCAAUAAGUUCGAGGUAGCGAUAAAAUUUCAUCAACUGAAAACGCAUAAAAAAGGACCAGCACCGCAGCCGCCAACAAGUUUAAAAUUUGCCUCUGCCCUGCCACAGCAGCAGCAACAAAAGUCCGUUGACAGCGAGAUGUUAAGCCCAACCGCAUCUGAGAAGAUUUCGAUUGCCGAAAAUCUUGCACCCGAUUGGCUUGCCUCUGCUCCCGAGGAGAUUCAGGCCGAAAUAGCUCAGCGUCACUUCGAGGACAGUUUGGCACUGGUGCAAAAGUGUGAGGAGUAUAUGGUGAAGGAUAGUACAUUCCGGGGUGCGGCAGAAAUCGGAGAGAAAAUUAAAACACUGAAGAAUACUCUUUCUACGGUUUUAAUGCAAGAGUUGUCCAACUCGCAGAGUCGAAGCUUACAGGCAGCACUAAGAUCAAGUCGACGUCCGCUUAAGCUGCUGGUGGAGAUGGGAAAGGCACGAGAGGCAUGUGGUAUUCUGCUUAGGGUUUGCAGUACCGCCAUUCGGACUUCUCAACGGCAAGCUAGGAGGAAUAAUCUGGCUAUUUCGGAGUUGUUCUUUUGUGAUGUGGCCCAAGUAGCAAGCGAAUUUUUACGUGCUUUUAGCAGUAAAGCGUCAUGCACUAGUGCGUUGAUUGUUUGGUGCAACCAAGAGCUGCAAUACUUUGCCUCGCAACUAAUUAAACAUUACCUGACGAAAGACACGCAGCUGGAAAUGGUAGCAAGAGUGGUUGAAGGUGUUCGAAAGCCUUGUUCCAAAUUAACCGACAUAGGACUAGAUCUGUCCUAUCACAUGGAAGGCUUGCUACGAAACACACUCGAGCAACUACUGGAGGAAGCCAAAUUUCGACUUGUGGAUUCGAUCGGCCGAACGGAGGACAUUUGGCAGCCGUACAAUUUGCAAACCAAGACGAACCUUCGAAAUGUUCUCAAGGAGCUCGAUGCCCUCGGACUGGAUAUGAAGUCAUUAGUGACGGGGGACACGUGGAUUAAUCUGACUCAAACUACAGUUAACUUCUGUAGGCAUUUUCUCACCACAACCGAGAGCUGUGCCUAUCUGGCGAAGUACGACUCGCUUAAGGGUGAUGCAGAGGCAUUGCUGAAGGAGUUGUUUUUGGCUCAGCAUGGAAUCAAGCCGCAUGGAAUGAGUGGCGUCGAUCUCAACUUCGUGUACAAGAAUAAAUCGUAUAUGUGUGAAGUACUUCUCCCCAUUGCGAUCGCUCACUUCGAAAAAAUCUCCACUAGACGUCCUGAUCUCCUGACUGAACUACAGUUGCAAUUACGCGGGCCCCCAAAACCAAAGCCACGCAGUGUUUAUAAAACAGAUGUCCUUUAACUCACAUUAUAGACAGUAUGUUAUUUAUUCCAGUUAAUAGUUUAACAUUAAGAAUGAUAAAGCAAGGUUACAUACACUCUCAA